ACCAAACAGAUUCACUUCCUCGUGGAGGCGGGCCUUGUACUGUCCAAUGGGGAGCCGAGGCGGGCAAGCGGACACGCGCGCCCCUUCUGUCGAGCGGCGCUGGGGUUGACUCACUCCGUCGGUGUCUUUUUCAGGAGCCGGUGAGACGAGGUGCCCAGCUCAGCGAUCGGUACCGCGGAGCCCAUCAGGACGAGCGACAGCAGGAAAUGUUGAAGAUCAGGCCCUCGGCUGUGCUCUGGGGUCUGUUCCAGGCGGCCCUGAAGCGACCAUUGCGGAUCGCGGCCAAAGAGAAGGCGCCAGCCUUGGCGUGUCGACUCGGCACUGAUGCCAAGGCGGGGUCCGUCGUUACGUCCCAGCACGCCGAGGGGUAUCGACGCCUACUGCAGCCCCUCGCCGCCGGAAUGUGCCACAGCUACAGGGGCAUGUGUACCAAGACAGAUGAAUCGGCGCCGUCGGAGUCUGGGGAGCCCAAGUCGGGCAGCAGCAGCAGCAGCAGCUCGGCCGCCGAGAAGGCGUCUUCUGAAAAGAGAAGGCAAGCGGGCCUCUUGCCAAGCCUGGAGGAUCUUCUCUUUUACACGAUAGCCGAAGGACAAGAGAAGAUCACCGUGCACAAGUUCAUCACCGCGUUGAAGUCUACAGGGCUAAGGACUGGAGACCCCCGACUGAAGGAAUGCAUGGACAUGUUGAGGACCACUCUGCAGUCCACUACAGAUAGUGUGACGCUGGACAAAGUGCUCUUUAAAAAGUGUGUGCAGAGUAACAUUGUAUUGCUGACUCAGGCCUUUCGUAAGAAGUUUGUCAUCCCCGACUUCAUGUCCUUCACGUCGCACAUCGAUGAACUGUACGAGAGUGCCAGGAAGCUGGGAGGUGGCCAGGUUGCGGAUUACAUCCCCCAGCUGGCCAAAUUCAGCCCGGACCUGUGGGCCGCGUCCCUGUGCACAGUGGAUGGCCAAAGACAUUCCGUCGGAGACACCAAAGUUCCCUUUUGCCUGCAGUCGUGCGUGAAGCCCCUGAAGUACGCCAUUGCUGUCAACGACCUUGGCACCGAGUACGUGCACCGCUACGUCGGCAAGGAGCCCAGUGGCCUGCGCUUCAACAAGCUCUUCCUGAAUGAAGACGACAAGCCACACAACCCCAUGGUGAAUGCAGGAGCCAUAGUGAUCACCUCACUCAUUAAGACUGGGGCGAACAACGCCGAGAAGUUUGAUUACGUCAUGGACUUCCUGAACAAGAUGGCCGGGAACGAGUAUGUGGGCUUCAGUAAUGCCACGUUUCAGUCGGAGCGAGAAACGGGAGACAGGAACUUUGCCAUUGGGUAUUACCUGAAGGAGAAAAAGUGUUUCCCCGAGGGCACGGACAUGACGGCGGUGCUGGACUUUUACUUCCAGCUCUGCUCCAUUGAAGUGACCUGCGAGUCCGCCAGUGUGAUGGCUGCCACCCUGGCUAAUGGCGGCUUCUGUCCCAUCACGGGCGAGAGGGUGCUGAGCCCCGAGGCCGUCAGGAACACGCUGAGCCUGAUGCACUCCUGUGGCAUGUACGACUUUUCUGGGCAGUUUGCCUUCCACGUGGGCCUACCAGCCAAGUCAGGGGUUGCCGGAGGGAUCCUGCUGGUGGUGCCAAACGUCAUGGGCAUCAUGUGCUGGUCUCCGCCGCUGGACAAACUGGGCAAUAGCGUGAGGGGCAUCCAGUUCUGCACAGAUUUGGUUUCCCUCUGCAACUUCCACAACUACGACAACCUGCGACAUUUUGCAAAGAAGCUCGACCCUCGCCGAGAGGGGGGAGACCAAAGACAUUCCUACGGACCAAUGGACUAUGAGAGCCUUCAGCAAGAGCUCGCGCUAAAAGACACGCUGUGGAAAAAAGUGUCACCCGAGCGCAGCGAGGACACGUCCACCACUGUAGUGUAUAGGAUGGAGAGUGCGGGGGAGCAGGCGUAGCGGACGGCUCCUCUCAUCUCUGGACUCCUCCACGAGUACCCAUGUUUGUAUGGCUUGUGCUGCCCGCCCGCCGCCCACGUGUGCUGUCAGUUAUGUGCCCGCCCGGGGGCACAAGUAAGUAUGAGGAGCAGCGAGCACGGGCGACGACGCGGGCUCCAGGGGGCGCUGGGCAGCGCAGCUCACACCACCUUGUGUCUCAUUUGUUCUUUUUGUUCUCCAUUUUUUGUUCCUUGCCGUUGCCCGCCUGCUUAUUUUUGUAUUGUUUCUAAUAAAUUAAUUUGCCAUCCCA